AGUUCGCUGUGUUCGAAAAAAUCCUUCCCCUUCUCUCUCUCUCUCUCUCUCUCUCUCUCUCUCUCUCUCUCUCUCUGUUGUUCUCGCUCGGAUUUUAUGAUAAUAAUAUAUAAAAUAAAUAAAAGUGAUUGAACGGUGAAAAAAAGGUUUACUGGAAGAAGAUCAGCAGGAUGUCGGAUCUGGACGAGCUGGACCUGGUCAUGGAGGACGGACGGGUGUAUCGCAACCCCACGGAGGUGAAGAUGAGCCAGAUCAUACUUCCCUGCCACGCCAACCAUCGCAAGGAGCUGAGCGUGGGGCAGCUGCUCAAGUGGAUGGACUCCACGGCCUGCCUCUCUGCUGAGAGACACGCAGGAUGUCCCUGUGUCACAGCCUCUGUGGAUGACAUUCACUUUGAGCACACCAUCAGCGUUGGACAAGUGGUUAACAUCAAGGCUAAAGUCAAUAGAGCUUUCAACUCAAGCAUGGAGGUGGGGAUAGUGGUGAGCUGUGAGGACCUGUACAGCAACCGCCACUGGAAAGUCUGUCAGGCUUUUGCCACCUUUGUGGCUCGGCGUACAGGUGAAAACAAGGUUCAACUGAAGCCUCUGGUCCCUUACACACACCGUGAGAAGUUGGAGUACAGCGUCGCCGCUGAGAGAAGGAGGAUGAGGUUGCUGCAUGUCGACAUCAUGAAAGAUCUGCUGAGUGACACCACUUUCCAGACGAGCAUUAGCGACAGCGUCUGUGAUGGCCAGGAUGAGGAGGAAGAAGUACCAUCUGAGAAAACCAGAGUAGAGAGCGUAGAGCUGGCUCUGCCCACCCACGCCAACCACCAGGUGAACACGUUCGGAGGCCAGAUCAUGGCGUGGAUGGAAAACGUAGCCACCAUUGCUGCCAGCCGGUUAUGCCACGCCCACCCGACCCUGAGGACCAUAGACAUGUUCCACUUCAGAGGACCGUCUCAAGUCGGAGACCGCGUGAUCCUGAAAGCCAUCGUCAACAACACUUUCAAGAACAGUAUGGAGGUGGGCGUGUGUGCUGAGGCGUACCAGGGGGAGGAGCCUCUGAGACACAUAAACAGCGCGUUUAUGACUUUCGAGGUGCUGGAUGAGGAGGGACGGCCACGCCCACUACCACGGAUACGCCCCGAACCACUGGAUGGAAAACGGAGAUACCAAGAAGCGAUAGCCAGAAAGAAGAUCCGACUCGACAGAAAAUACAUCAUCUCCUGUAAGCAUACUGAAGUGCCCUUGUCUGUCCCCUGGGACCCCAGUAACCAGGUGUAUCUGAGCUACAAUAAUGUCUUUGCGCUGAAGAUGCUGGCAGCCAGAAACAACUGGGUUCUCAGUUCUAAGAAGAACAAAGUGAGCCUGUACACCCUGGAGGAGAAUCAGUGCCUUUGCGUGAAGGUUGAAUCGGAGGUGAACGUUCCGGCAGAGAGAGCUUUCCUCCUGCUCUCAGAUCUUAGCCGCAGGCCCGAAUGGGAUAAGCACUACAAACAGUGCAUGCUCAUCCUCCCAGUCGACGAUGAUGACCUGAUCUAUCAUGUUCUUGCUCCGUCUGUGAGUGAAAGAGGAAAAGGCCAGGAUUUCAUCCUGCUGGCCUCCAGGAGGCCACCGUGUGAUACUGGGGAUCCGUAUAUUCUCGCUAUACGUUCGGUCACUCUUCCCACGCACCCUCCGACCGAGGACAUAAACCGAGGGGAGAUGCUUUGUGCAGGAUUCACCAUUUAUGCCGUGUCCGAAAACGUAUCCAAGAUCUCUUACUACAACCAGACCAACCCCGGCGUCUUGCCGUACAUCUCCACAGACAUCGCCGGACUCUCGUCCAGUUUCUGUUCCAUCUUCCUUUCCUGCAGCCAGUACCUGAUGGACCACAGAGUCGGACCUUCAGCCAUUUCGACCACACCUCUGUAGUACUCGCGCACUGACACUAGCAUGGGCAAUUUUUAUAAAGCAGACUCUGUUUUUUACAAAGAGAACACUAGACUUGUUUUAUUUUGUCUGUUUAUGGUCAUGCCAGUUUGGGAAUAGUUUUAUUUAUGUAAGUUAAACAGGUACUAAAAUUAAAAUAUUGUCUAGGAUCAUUUUACCUACCACUUGUACUGCCUCUGGUGUUAUGUGUUAGGUUGAAAGAAUGGCAUUAUAUUAAUGAAUAUAUUUAAAAUAAGGAGGAAAAAAUCAGUUCUAUUUAUAUAAACAGAUUAGUAUUUGGACCAGUUUUAUACAAAAGACUAAAAUACCAGUGUUACAUGCAUCAUGAGAAAAUCCUAGCAUCUGAUUGGUUGGUUCAUGUCCAUCAGGAUAGCUAACUACCCUCGAUUUGUUCAUUAUUUUAACAAUUCAUAUGUAAUAAACAAAAUUCCUGUUAAAUGAUAUGUAAUUGUGGUAUGUUUGUGAGAAAACAUCUAGUAAAAGAUUCCUGAUAUGAGAUAAAGGAUGUGGUUGAAUAAAAAAAUGUGCUUGA